AUGCUUUAUAAAUGCAGCGCCCGUCACGCGUCCUUCCACCGCUCUCCACCUCGCCACGCGCCCUCUGCCGCUCUCUCCCCGCUCCCUCUACCGCUUUCUCGCCUCGCCGUCAACGCGCAACCGCCGCGCCACCAUGCCGCUGCGCCGCCCGGGGAGAUCCGUUCCGACAUGCGCCUCAGCCUCAGCACCUUCGACACCGCCCACGAGGCCGCCCACGCGUACGACGCGGCGGCGUGGCGCCUCCGGCGGUCUCGUCGGGACAUGAACUUCCCGAACGUGCCAACGCGGGAGAUUGCGCCUCCCCUGCGGCUUAUCACCAACGAGGAUUGUCGUGAGAACCGGAGGCGGGAGCGUCGUCUCAGCCUCGCCAAGAUGGGCGAGGAAGCCAUGGAGCUGUGGCGUGAACGCUUCCCGCAGGAUGUCAUCAACGAGCGGCAGUUCUUCACGCAAAGGAGGGUGGAGAGAGAGGAGACGAGGGCGGAGCGAGCCGCUUAUCGCGAGGACAGGCGGAUGCGGAAGGCGGCCGCUGAAUUCAACAUCGAGCUAGGAGACGCGUCGUCCUAG